AUGCGAGCUCUUCAUCAACAGUUGGAGCAGCUUCAUGAAAAACAAUCUGAUCAGUUUAAUAAAAAAUUCACUGUUUAUCGUGGACAAGGCAUUAGUCAAGAUGAUUUUCAACAGUUAUCCCAUAUCAAAGGCGGUCUUCUUUCGUUUAAUAAUUUUUUAUCAACAAGUACCGAACGACAUGUAGCAAUAGGAUUUCUUAAAGAAUCUUUACGAAAAUCUGAACAGAACGUCGGCGUCCUAUUUAUAAUGACAAUUGAACCAGAAAAAAUAACACGAAAAAACAUACCAUUUGCUUCUAUUGAAGAAUAUUCAGCGGUUAAAACAGAAAACGAAAUACUUUUUUCAAUGCACACCGUUUUCCGUGUACAAGAUUUAAAACAAACCACGAUGAACAACAGACCUUUCUGGGAAGUACAACUAACUCUUACUGAUGACAACGACGAACAACUAGCGAAUCUUACCGCUACGAUGAACAAAGAGAUAGAUGGCAGUAGAUGGUAUCGAAUGGGCCAAUUACUACUCAGAAUCGGUCAAUUUGACAAGGCCGAAGAAUUAUAUACGGCACUACUUGAACAGACCUCCAACAACAGCGACAAAGCAGGUAUCUAUAAUCAGCUUGGAGAAGUGAAAUAUCAUCAAGAACAAGACACAGAAGCAAUUGCAUUUUAUGAGAUAUCUCUCGAAAUCCAACGAAAAACUCUACCAGAAGAUCAUUCUUCAUUGUCUCCUAUCUACAGUAACAUCGCUCUGGCAUAUAACGGAAUGGGUGAUUACUCGAAAGCACUUGAAUUUUACGAAAAAUCACAUAAAAUACAAGAAAAAGCUCUGCCUCCGAAUCAUCCCGAUUUGGCUACUUCAUACAACAACAUCGGACUAGUGUAUAACAACAUGGGUGAUUACUCGAAAGCACUUCAAUUUUACGAAAAAGAUCUAGAAAUUACAAAAAAAGCUUUGCAUCCGUAUCAUCCCUCAUUGGCUACUUUGUACGGCAACAUCGGACAAGUGUAUGCCAACAUGGGUGAUUACUCGAAAGCACUUGAAUUUUACGAAAAAUCACAUAAAAUAAAAGAAAAAGCUCUGCUUCCGAAUCAUCCCGAUUUUGCUAUUUCGUACAACAACAUCGGUGGAGUGUAUCACAGCAUGGGUGAUUAUUCGAAAGCACUUGAAUUUUACGAAAAAUCACAUAAAAUAAAAGAAAAAGCUCUGCCUCCGAAUCAUCCCGAUUUGGCUACUUCAUACAACAACAUCGGACAAGUGUAUAACAACAUGGGUGAUUACUCGAAAGCACUUGAAUUUUACGAAAAAUCACUUAAAAUAAGAGAAAAAGCUCUGCUUCCGAAUCAUCCCGAUUUUGCUAUUUCGUACGGCAACAUCGGACAAGUGUAUGCCAACAUGGGUGAUUACUCGAAAGCACUUGAAUUUCACGAAAAAUCACUUAAAAUAAGAGAAAAAGCUCUGCUUCCGAAUCAUCCCGAUUUUGCUAUUUCGUACAACAACAUCGGACAAGUGUAUGCCAACAUGGGUGAUUACUCGAAAACACUUGAAUUUUACGAAAAAUCACAUAAAAUCUUCGAAAAAGCUCUCCCUCCGAAUCAUCCCGAUUUGGCCACUUCGUACAACAACAUCGGUGGAGUGUAUAACAACAUGGGUGAUUACUCGAAAGCACUUGAAUUUUACGAAAAAUCACAUAAAAUAAAAGAAAAAGCUCUGCCUCCGAAUCAUCCCGAUUUGGCUACUUCGUACGGCAACACCGGACAAGUGUAUCAAGACAUGGGUGAUUACUCGAAAGCACUUGAAUUUUACGAAAAAGAUUUAGAAAUUACAAAGAAAGCUCUGCCUCCGAAUCAUUCCCAUUUGGCUAUUUCGUACAACAACAUCGGACAAGUGUAUAAGAACAUGGGUGAUUACUCGAAAGCACUUGAAUUUUACGAAAAAUCACAUAAAAUCUACGAAAAAGCUCUGCCUCCGAAUCAUCCCUCAUUGGCUAUUUCGUACAACAACAUCGGUGGAGUGUAUAACAACAUGGGUGAUUACUCGAAAGCACUUGAAUUUUACAAAAAAUCACAUAAAAUCUACGAAAAAGCUCUGCCUCCGAAUCAUCCCGAUUUGGCUACUUCAUACAACAACAUCGGACUAGUGUAUAACAACAUGGGUGAUUACUCGAAAGCACUUCAAUUUUACGAAAAAGAUCUAGAAAUUACAAAAAAAGCUCUGCCUCAGAAUCAUCCCUCAUUGGCUGCUUCGUACAACAAUAUCGGACAAGUGUAUGCCAACAUGGGUGAUUACUCGAAAGCACUUAAAUUUUACGAAAAAUCACAUCAAAUCUUCGAAGAAGCUCUGCCUCCGAAUCAUCCCUCAUUGGCUACUUCAUACAACAACAUCGGACUAGUGUAUAACAACAUGGGUGAUUACUCGAAAGCACUUGAAUUCUACGAAAAAUCAGAUAGAAUAAAAGAAAAAGCUCUGCCUCCGAAUCAUCCCGAUUUGGCUGUUUCGUACAACAACAUCGGUGGAGUGUAUGCCAACAUGGGUGAUUACUCGAAAGCACUUGAAUAUUUCAAAAAAACACAAAAAAUCUUGGUGGAAUCACUGCCUGCUAAUCACUCGAAUUUAGCUUAUCCGUACAACUGGUUUGGAAAAGUUUAUCGCAGUAUGAAAGAUUACCCAAAAGCACUUGAAAACUUUGAAAAAUGUCUUUCAAUACGUGAAAAAACCCUACCUGAAAAUCAUCCAGAUCGCGCUACUACAUAUAGUAACAUAGGUGAUGUUCAUCGUUUAAUGGGUAAGUAUGAAAAGGCACUUGAAUUUCAUCGAAAAGCCUUAAAUAUUCAAGAAAAUGUUCAAUGUAACCCACUGCAAUGUGCAACGACAUAUAUAAAUUUAGGUGAAACUUAUCGAAAAAUGAAAGAUUAUUCAACAGCAUUAACAUAUUUUCAAAGGGGAUUAGAAAUACGUGAGAAAAAGUUACCAAAAAAACAUCCUGAUUUAGCUGUUGUAUAUCACAAUUUAUCAAAAUUAUAUUUAUCUAGUCGACAAUAUAAUUUGUCCAUGAAAAAUAUUCAACAAGCGAUAGAAAUAGCUCAAGAAAAAUUAUCUUCAACUCAUCCACAUUUCAUUGAAUAUAAAAAAACAUUUGAAAAAAAUAGAAAGAAAAUGUAA